AUGGCAAUCGACCAAAAUGUCGAAGAGUUGUUGAUCAUGGGAGACUCAGAUCUGAUUAUCCAGCAAGCCCAAGAAGAAUGGGAAACCCGAGAUGUUAAGCUUAUCCCUUACAAGAAGCAUGUGGAAGAUCUCAGCAAGCGAUUCAAGUUAAUAGAGUUCAGGUAUAUUCCUCGUUGUCACAACGAAUUAGCCGACACACUUGCUACUUUGGCCUCAAUGCUGCCCUAUCCAGGCAAUGCUCACAUAGAUCCCUUGGAAAUUCAAAUCGGGGAAAGGCAUGGUUAUUGUAAUACAAUUGAAGCAUCACCAAAUACCCAACCAUGGUACCAUGACAUCAAAAAGUUUCUGAAAACUCAAGAAUACCCCGACCAAGCCAGUGGAGACCAAAAGAGAACCGUUAGACGGCACGCGAGUG